CCCCUAGAGCCGAGCGGCUGCCGAGAGGCCUCGGCUCCUCUCUCUCCGUGGCCGGUGGUCGGGGAAAGAGGACGGCGCAGCUCCCCUCUCCCCCGUGUCUAACCCCCGCCCCUCCCUGUCUCUGGACGCCAGCCCACUGGGGUCAAUUGGCCACCACCAGGCCAGGCUGCGCCUUCCUUCCUUGCACACCUCUGCGUCCAGCCCCGUGUGUCUGAGCCUUUGAAACAAGUUGCUGAUGUCCAGUUACACUGAAAGUGUGCCAGGUUUGAGACUAAUGGUAACUGCUGACCAAGGCCCUGGUCCUGAGAACACUUGAAAUAGUAUGUGUGCCUACUCAUAUGACUUAAAGUCAGACUUCAGUGCAACUAAAUAUAUGAGCAAUAUUGCAGCUAGCCCGAUGUCAAAUGUUGCCUCUUCAAGCAGCGGAAGAGGGACAGGGAAAUCAACAAGCUUUACUCCUGAACUGCAAAGUAUGAUGUUUUCCUUAGGGGAUGUCCGGAGGCCCCUUCAUGAAACAGCAGUAUUAGUGGAAGAUAUCAUCCAUACGCAGCUGAUAAAUUUGUUGCAGCAAGCAGCUGAAGUUUCUCAGAUGAGAGGAGCUCGAGUCAUCUCUGCUGAAGAUCUUCUGUUUUUGAUGCGCAAAGAUAAGAAAAAGCUUAGAAGGCUGCUCAAAUAUAUGUUCUUCCGAGACUACAAAUCUAAAAUUGUCAAAGGCAUUGAAGAAGAUGAUCUCCUUGAAGACAAAUUCAACAGUAGCAAUGUCAACAAACGUCAGAAGCUGGCUCAAGACUUUCUCAACUCUAUUGAUCAGACUGGGGAGCUCUUGGCUAUGUUUGAAGAUGAUGAGAUUGAUGAUGUUAAACAAGAGCGGAUGGAGAGAGCAGAAAGACAAACACGAAUGAUGGACUCAGCCCAGUAUGCAGAAUUUUGUGAAAGUCGUCAGUUAAGUUUUUCAAGAAAGCUUCCAAGUUUCGUGAUUGGCUGGACUGCCAGCAGCAUGGAAAUAAAACCCAAUGCAGUUGCCAUGGAGAUUUUGGCAUAUUUAGCAUAUGAGACUGUGGCACAGUUGGUGGACUUGGCUCUUUUGGUCAAACAGGAUAUGGCUCCCAAAGCAGGUGAUCCAUUCAGUCAUGCAAUAUCUGCUACUUUUAUACAGUAUCACAAUUCUGCUGAGCCACAUCUUUUAGGCCAGACCACAAAUAUGAAGAGCAGUCUUGACUCCCCAGAAAACACACCACCUCCUACACCCACUCCCCCAGCAGCAGCGGGACCACAGCACCUUGGGAAAACGCUGUCUGGAGCUGGGAAUGGAGGUAUUGGACAAGACUCCACCAAAGUCAAACAAAGAAAAAGAAAAAAGAGCACUGCAGUUUGUGGUAUAGAGGCUCAAAGUGAUGCCAUCCAGCCCUGCCACAUCAGAGAGGCCAUUCGGCGCUACGGCCACAAGAUUGGUCCCCUUUCCCCAUUCACAAGUGCCUACUGCAGAAAUGGGAUGACUUUUCUAGCCUGCUAAUAUGGAUGUGGCUGCAGUGACAGGAAAGACAGUGUUAUAUUAAGGUGAUUUUCUUUUCCCCUCCAUGGAAGAA